AUGGAAUAUUGGAAUCAGCUCCACCUGAAGAAACCCCCAGAUCCGAAUACCAAGCUGGAGCCUCCAGCUAGGAAAGAGGAUAAGGUCAUGGUGGUGUAUAAGAAUUACCAGCAUGGCCUCACCUUUAUCUUCGCCAUUGAUGAGAUCAAUAAGAACCCCAGACUCUUACCCAAUAUCACCCUGGGCUUUCACAUCUAUGAUGACCAGUUUUAUGCAAGAAUCACAUAUGCAACUAUUCUGGAUCUACUCUUCACCCAGCAAAGAAAUGUACCUAAUUACAAGUGUAAUAGGGGUAGAGACGUAUUGUCUGUUAUUGGGGGGAUCUCUCUCGAUAACUCCAUCCAGAUGGCCACCAUUUUGAGCAUCUACAAGAUUCCACAGCUUACCUAUGGUGCAUAUGAAACUACGUUCAGUGGUAAAAAUGAACUCACUUCUUUGUACCAUGUGGCACCAAGAGUCAGUACUCAUCAGAUGGGGAUUGUCCAGCUCCUCCUGCAUUUCAGGUGGACAUGGAUUGGUGUCAUUGUUUCAAAAGAUGAUGGAGGAGAAAGCUUUCUGCAGAUCCUGAUGCCUUUGCUUACCCAGAAUAAUAUUUGUGUUGUCUUCUGGGAAAGGAUUGAAAUAAUUAAUAAUGUGAAGUUCACUUCUCAUGCUGAAAACAUGAAAAAGUUUCCUGAAAAGUUUUUAUCAGCUGAUGUCAAUGUGACGGUUGUCAGUGGCAACUUUCAGUCUCUGCUUGCUUUAACGAUAGUGUUAGACAUUUAUGAAUUUGCGGCUAAGUCUUAUGUAGGAAUGGUUUGGAUCACGUCACCUCAGUGGGAUUUCACCAACUCAAUCAGAGAGCAUGGCUUCUGCAUAAAAACUUUCCAGGGCACACUGUCUUUCUUGAGCCACACAGACGAAGUACCACAAUUCCGGAACUUUCUCCAGAACUUAAAACCUGAUAAGACACUGGAGCAUUUCCUCUGCUUUUUCUGGGUAUCAGUAUUCCAGUGUUGUUUCAAUGGAUCAACUUGUACUGGCUGUGAAACGUGUACAGGAGAAGAAAAACUGGAGCAUUUACCUGGAAAUCAUUUUGAGAUGGCUAUGACUGGUCAGAGCUACAAUAUCUACAAUGUUGUCUAUGCUGUAGCACAUGCUUUACAUGCCAUGUACUUGUCCAGACCAAGAAGACUGCUGGAGAAAAGUAAAUUUGAGGAUUUGAAGGUUCAGCCAUGGCAGGUCCAGGUCGGAAUGAUUUCAUCAAGCCAAGCAUUCACUAUUAAUGAGAAAGCCAUUAUGUGGAAUGAUCGAUUUAAAGAGAUGGUGCCCAGUUCCAAGUGUGUAGAGAGCUGCAAUCUUGGGCACAGCAGAAAAAUUAAGAAGGAUCAACCAGUUUGUUGCUAUGACUGUAGUCCAUGCCCAGAAGACAUGAUUUCUAACAAGACAGAUGCGGAUGAUUGCAUCAAGUGCCCAGAAGAUCAGUAUCCCAACAGGAACAAAGAUCAGUGUAUCCCCAAAGUUGUAACUUUCCUAUCCUACCAAGAGCCCUUGGGGAUAGUUUUAGUGUCCGUUGCUAUCUUCUUUGUUGUGAUAACAAGUAUGACGAUACAGAUAUUUGUGACCAACUGGGACACUCCCAUCGUCAAAGCCAACAAUCGGAUCCUCACCUGUGUUCUUCUCAUGUCCAUCCUGCUUUGCUACCUUUCUUCCCUGCUACUCAUUGGCAAGCCUGGAAAGGUAUCCUGCCUUCUCCACCAAUCAGCUUUUGGCAUAAUUUUCUCUGUUGCUGUUUCCUGCUUGUUUGCCAAAACAAUCACUGUCGUCUUGGCCUUCAUGGCAACACAGCCUGGGAACACAAUGAGGAAAUGGUUAAAGAAAAACAUUGCCAACUCCAUUGUCCUCUCCUGCUCCCUCAUUCAAGUGGGUAUAUGCCUUGUAUGGCUGUUGAUUUCUCCACCUUUCCCAGAUGUUGAUAUGCACUCACAGGCUGGGCAAAUCAUAAUGAAAUGCAAUGAAGGCUCUGUUACCAUGUUCUACAGUGUCCUGGGCUACAUUGGCUUUUUGGCCACUAUCAGCUUCACUAUAGCUUUCCCAGCCAGAAAACUGCCAGACACUUUCAAUGAAGCCAAAUUCAUCACCUUCAGCAUGCUGAUAUUUUGCAGUGUUUGGAUCUCCUUUAUUCCGGCUUACCUGAGCACCAAGGGGAAAAUGAUGGUUGCUGUGGAAGUGUUUGCCAUCUUGGCCUCCAAUACUGGAAUCCUGAUUUGCAUCUUUUUUCCCAAAUGUUACACUAUCAUUCUAAGGCCUGACCUCAACUCCCGGAAGCUGCUUAUAGAGAAAAAGGAUUACUAA